CUAAAACUUUGCCCGAUUUCUUCUUUCUUCGUCUCCUUCUCCAGAACUCUCCUGUACCCUGACGGAUCUGGUUUUCGUUCUUUACUGCACAAAACUAUUCAGUUCUCUCAACUCAAAUCACAAAAGUGUUGUUCAGUAAAAAGGAAGAAGACAUGAAUUUGAAUAAGAGGGAGGAGGAGAAGGAAGUUGAUAGGAUCAGCAACUUACCCGACCCACUUAUACAUCAUAUCCUUUCUUAAAAUCAAGCAUGUUGCUCAAACUAGCGUGUUAUCUAAAAAAUGGAGCUACAUUUGGAUAACUAACCCAAUCCUUGAUUUUCAAGAGCCUGGAUGUUUCGAACCCACUGAUUUGAAGAUCAAUGAUUUCAUGGAAUUUGUAGAUGGAACAUUGCAACGUCCGUAUAGUGGGGCAAGUAUACAAAGGUUUGCUAUCACCUGGUAUAAACAUUUGAAUGUUAAUCGAGUCAAUUCAUGGAUCACAUGGGCUGUAAGGCAUAACGUUCAACAACUCAGUCUAUAUUUAAUUCAGAAAGAACGGCUGAUCAUUACCCGUUCUCUUUUUACUUGUGAAUCGCUGAUUUCUUUGAAGCUACAAAUAACCCCUGAUGUCCGCUUACCUAAUUACAUCUCUUUUCCAAAACUCAAGUCCCUUGAAAUCGAGGGUAUCGAGUUUAGCAAUGAAUACUGGAAUGAGAAGCUCUUUUCCAAUUGCCCAGUCCUUGAAGAUUUCAGAAUGGAACAUUGCACUUGGUUCGGUAUGCCAAAUUUCUGUAUUUCAACCCCUGCACUGAAACACUUUAAGAUUGAUAAUUGGGACGACAAAUGGUUACCGCAUGGAGAAGACGAUGGGUUACGAGGCUGUACUCUCAAAGGUCAUGCACCGAACCUGGAGACUUUGUAUUACAAUGGUAGUAUUGCCAAGGAGUAUGUUCUGACAACCUUUCCGUUACUAGUUAGAGCAGCAGUCCAAUUUCGCUUUAAACCAUAUGUUGCAACAAGGAAGCAAAGGAUUAGUCAUGGUGCAGCAAUAAGUCAGUUUCUUCGAGCCCUUGCAAAUAUAAAACGCCUAUUUGUUUCUGAUGAUACCCUACAGGCUCUUUCGUUUCCAGACGAUCUAUUGCAAAAGUUGCCUACAUUUCAUAAUACCAAUGAGUUGAUCAUGUUUGAGGAAGUAACCGCUCAUAAAGCAUUAGUUGCUUUGCUCAAAGCAACACCUAAUCUGAAGUUACUUAUAUUUAACAAGACCGUCCUUAGUGAUGACGAAGAAGAAAAUGAUGCUGCAGGCAGCGACGCUGUUGCUGAUGCUGCCAAUGGCGAAAACAACCAUGACAGUGAUGAUGAUGUUGCAGGCAGCGAUGCUGAUGCUGUUGAGGCGAAGACAACCAUGACAAUGAAGAUGAUGAUUGGACACAUGAUAUGGUGAUUGGCCCUGAAUGCUUGUUUCCACACCUCAAGUCGGUUUACUUUAAUGAGUUUGUUGGGAACCCAAUGGAGAUGGAAUGGGUGAAAAUAAUUUUGAUGAAUGCAAAAGUUUGAUUUCCAACUAUUCCCACUCUUAUCUUUUAAACACGAAGAGAAAAGAAGAACUCAUGGUGGAGAUACCCAGUCUUCCGGGAGCCUCAACAACUUGCGUGAUUAAAUUUCCUAAUACUAACGCAUCUUAGCUAAUCUCAAUUUGAUACUAUUUGUUAUUACAUAACCUUGGUUUCUGGCUUCUGCCUUUUGUGAUGAAUUUGCAGCCAGCAUCAGGCAACAUGUACAAAGGCAAUGUUGCUUUUGUUUAAUAUUUAUUUGUUUUGUUGAUCUCAAGCCAACGAUCCAUGAAAUCAGAUUGAAAACCCAUUUUGCAUUC